AUAACCACAGAAGAAGAGCCCUGCUAGGUUUGCUAGCAAGCUAUCAGCUACAACUUGCACGUUUAGAUAGACGUGUGCAUCAACAUGCUUUUACAUACAGCCAGACCGUGGUUGCUUCGUUGCAGGAGUCUACCUUUGGCUUGCACAAGGUCUUACUACGCUGAUAAAGUAGCUCGACUCGGGUCUCAGCCGGAUAAACAGUCUUCUGAAUAUCAGGAGAAUUAUGAUCGAAUGCAAGUUAUUGUUGAUGAACUGAAAAGCCGGACAGAGAAGGUUAAAUUGGGUGGGGGAGAAAAAGCCAGAAGACUUCAUACUUCUCGUGGGAAACUUCUGCCUAGAGAGCGUAUCGACAGACUGCUGGAUCCAGGGACCCCUUUCUUGGAGUUCUCUCAGUUUGCUGCAUAUGAACUGUAUGGAAAAGAGGAAGUCCCAGCAGGCGGUAUACUUACGGGGAUUGGUCGGGUUUCAGGGGUGGAAUGUGUUAUUGUCGCAAAUGAUGCUACUGUCAAGGGAGGAACAUACUUCCCAGUUACAGUGAAGAAACACCUUCGUGCACAAGAGAUCGCCCGGCAGAACCACUUACCAUGCAUUUACUUAGUGGAUUCAGGAGGGGCCAAUCUUCCCAGACAGGCCGAAGUCUUCCCAGACAGAGAUCACUUUGGACGUAUUUUCUACAACCAGGCCAGGCUGUCUUCAGAGGGGAUAUCACAGAUUGCAGUUGUGAUGGGCUCCUGCACUGCUGGAGGGGCGUAUGUGCCUGCCAUGGCAGAUGAGAGCAUUAUUGUGCGGAAGCAAGGAACCAUUUUCCUCGGAGGACCACCGCUGGUCAAAGCUGCCACUGGGGAAGAAGUUUCUGCAGAGGACCUUGGUGGUGCUGAUCUUCACUGCAAAAAGUCUGGUGUGACGGACCACUAUGCUUUAGACGAUAACCACGCGCUCCAUUUAGCAAGAAAGGCAGUGAGAAACCUCAACUACAGGAAAAAUAUUGAGGUCACCACAGAACCCACUGAAGCCCCCCUCUACCCUGCAGACGAACUCUAUGGCAUAGUUGGAGAUAACUUGAAACGCAACUUUGAUGUCAGAGAGGUCAUCGCCAGAAUUGUGGAUGGCAGUAAAUUUGACGAGUUCAAGGCUUUCUAUGGAGACACACUUAUUACAGGCUUUUCCAGAAUAUUUGGUUACCCCGUCGGAAUCAUUGGCAACAAUGGAGUCUUGUUCUCAGAGUCUGCGAAGAAGGGCACGCAUUUCAUCGAAUUAUGCUGCCAACGAAACAUUCCACUUAUCUUUCUCCAAAACAUAACAGGCUUCAUGGUGGGUAGAGAGUAUGAAGCAGGAGGAAUUGCCAAGGAUGGAGCUAAGAUGGUAACUGCAGUUGCCUGUGCCAAUGUACCCAAGAUUACUGUUAUCAUUGGUGGCUCCUAUGGUGCAGGAAACUACGGCAUGUGCGGCAGAGCCUACAGCCCACGUUUCCUGUACAUGUGGCCAAAUUCCCGAAUCUCUGUAAUGGGCGGUGAACAGGCCGCCACUGUCCUGGCCACUAUCACCAAGGAUCAGAGGGCACGAGAGGGAAAGGAGUUCACAGCAGAGCAAGAGGCUGCCAUGAAGAAACCAAUAGUGCAGCGGUUUGAAGAGGAAGGCAGUCCAUACUUCUCUAGUGCUAGACUGUGGGAUGACGGGAUUAUUGAUCCCGCUGAUACUCGCCUGGUUUUGGGACUGAGCCUCAGUGCAGCACUGAAUGCACCAACAAAGAAGACACACUUUGGAGUCUUCAGGAUGUAAUGCUCAUGUAGCUUGUACAGGUGUAGACUGUACUUACACUAGUCUUUAUAGUUUUACUUGUGAGUGAGUUGUCACCAGAUUAAGAGCAAUAAACACAGAAAAAGAAGAAGAAUCACUCGAGUAGAAUCACACGACCCUGGAUCAUCGGGGAUGUGAUUGGAUGGUGUGCUGUUGUUGUUGUUGUUGUGGGAUAUUUCCACAAAUAAAUUGUGCCUUAACUGUUACUAUUCCAGUGUAAAUGCAAACUGUACCCAACGGCUUUCCUUCCCCUCUUUCCUCUCAUACUUGGAUGGGGGUUUUUAUCAAUUACUGUAAAUGAUGAAUUACAAAAAUAUGAAAACA